AUGAAGGAAGUCAAUAUGGUCGCUCCCGUGAGUGUGGAUGCGCUCCUCCGGGCGGCCGUCUCGGAGGGCGCCGAGUACCGGGACGACGGCCUGUGCGUGGUGGGAAUUUUCGGGAAAAGCAACAUGCAGCUGGGCGCCCUGAAGGAGUCACUCAUCAACACCCUGGCGGAUAAACACGUCUUCUCCGUGUUCGGCGGAGCGGACGAGGAAGGCGGCGGCAUCCAGGCACUGUACAAUCCAGACAACCGCGUCUUGUACCUGCUGCUCACCUCCGUGUGCGACGGCCAACAGCUCCUGCGGGCGUGCCGCUCCCAGAGCGCGAGCACCGGCCACGCCGACGCUCACGACUUCUGGAAGGGACUGGAGCGACAACACUGCCUCCGCCUGCUCUACUUGUUCUCGGUGUGUCACGUCCUGCUUCUCGUCCACCCUAACCACACGUUCGACGUCACUUACGACCGGCUUUUCCGAGCCUUGGACGCUCUGAGGCAGAAGGCGCUGCCCCUCAUCCGGGCGGCCGUCAAGGACUGCCCGGUGUCCAAAGAGUGGAAGGUCAACUGUCGGCCGUGCCCUCCUCGACUCCUCUUCGUCUUCCAGAUGAGCGGAACUCUCAAGGUCUCCAAUGGGUCUGAGUCGGGCGUCCACCCGGACAAACCCAAGAAGCACUCACCCAGACGGCGCCUGCAGCACGCUCUUGAGGACCAAAUCUACCGCAUCUUCCGCAAAAGUCGCGUACUGACCAACCAGAGCAGCAACUGCCUAUUCACCGUGCCCGCCAACCAAGCCUUCGUUUAUGUGGCGCCCGCCCCCGACGAGGACCCCGUGGGGGCCCUGCUGGGGCAGCUGCGCUCCAACUGUGUCCUGACUGAGCACGACUCCGGCGCACCGGUGUCCGGUCCGCGGCGCUACCAGCAGAUGCGGCGCUCUACCCGGCAAGCGACAGCGGAUCCCGCAGGGGGCGCAGCGAUGUCGGCGCCACCCAGCGGUGACGGCGGCUUGAAGGAGUUCCUGUGGCAACACGUUGAGUUGGUGUUGACCAAGAAAGGCUUUGACGAUAGCGUGGGACGGAACCCUCAGCCGUGCCACUUUGAGCUUCCAUCCUUCUCCAAGUGGGCGCAGGUGGCACUGAAGCUCUAUCAGGUACUGGCAGGCAGCAGCGAAGACGACUCUGCCGAGCCGGCGGUCCGGCUUCAGGCCCAGCUCAAGGUUUUGGACGGCUUCCUGGAUGCCGAUGCCAAGUUCUCGGAGAACCGGUGCCAGAAGGCGCUACCACUGGCGCACGGCGCGUACCAGGCCAACUUGCCGCACAACUACACCACAGCCGUGCACAAGAACCAGUUGGCACAGGCACUGCGUGUCUACAGCCAGCACGCACGCGGUGUGGCCUUCCAGCGCUAUGCCCUGCAGCUGCACGACGACUGCUACAAGUUCUGGAGCAACGGGCACCAGCUGUGCGAGGAACGCAGCCUCUCUGACCAGCACUGCGUCCACAAGUUUCACCUGCUCCCGCAGGACGGAGAAAAUACAGAUGUCGAUCACAACCCGCCUAUUCUAAACCACAAUAGCAGGGGGCGCUCCACCAGCUCGUGCAACUGUGGGAGGAAGCAGGCCCCCCGCGAGGACCCCUUUGACGUGCAGGCGGCAAACUACGACUUCUACCAGGGCCUAGAGGAGAAAUGUUGCUGCAAGCUGGAGCGGAUCAACUUUCCCAUCUUCCAGCCGAGCACUCCCGACCCGUCACCAGCUAGCGACCGGGCGCCACGCCCGUGCGAAGCCGAUGGCGAGCGCCCCAAGGAGUCCACCGGCGCAGUGCCCGGCCACACGCCGGGUGACACCAGCCUGAGCCUGGCGCUCAGUCUUGGUCAGUCCACAGACAGUUUGGGCCCUUACGGUGAAGGCGAGCCGUCUGGCGAUGGCCAAGCGCAGCAGAAACGACCCAGCCUGGCCGACCGGCAGCCGUCCACCGUGGAGUACCUCCCGGGGAUGAUGCACUCUGGCUGUCCCAAGGGCCUCCUGCCCAAAUUUUCCAGCUGGUCGCUAGUCAAACUGGGCCCAGCCAAGUCGUACAACUGCCACGUGGGUCUGGAACAGCCCGGCUUCCUCCCUGGCGCCUCCUUCCUGCUUCCUUGGGACCUGCUCGUGCGCUCGCGUUUGGACGACGACCCGUCGGAGCCCCAGGACGGGGGCGCGUCCUCCUGGCCGGCGCCCAACAAGACGCCGGCGGGCAAGAGGGGAGGCGCGGGCGGCCCAGGCAGGAGCCGCAGACGGGACGACACGGCACGGGCCUACGUGGGUUUCGAGUACGAGGACGGUCGAGGGCGUCGCUUCAUCAGCGCCGGGCCCGACAAGGUGGUGAAGGCGCUGGGGUCGGGCGGAGCCAAGGAGCCUGCAGGAAGGGUGCUGAACGCGGACAUGCCACUUUAUGUUCCAUCGCCCACGCAGGGACGAGGGGUCAAGCCACACUUCGCUCAACUCAUACGACUUUUUGUCGUCGUGCCCGAUGCCCCUCUUGAGGUCACCCUCAGCCCCCAGGUGCAGCCCGGUCCGCCACCGUGCCCACUUUUCCACCCGGAGCUGCCAGAAGUCACGUUGCCGCCCGACUGCGUUUGGGUUCUGCGCUUCCCGUACGCGUACGCCACUGAGCUUGGACCCUGCUACCCCCCUAAGGAGAACCAGCCGCUCGCCAACUACAAGGUGUUGCGAGGAAUCCUCCGCGCCACCAACACCCAACCUCAAUGA